GUUCCGGUACUUUGAACUGAUCACCGCAAUAUGGACAACAUUCAUUCUGGAGAGGGUCCCGACAACGGACUGACGGAAAUGCCUCUGCACGCCACCCAGAUUCUCCAGUCUCUGAACCAGCUCCGUAAGCAGGGCGAGCUCUGCGAUGUGGUCCUGAAGGUAGGCAUGUGUAAAGUGCCUGCCCACCGUGCCGUGCUGGCCAGCUGCAGCCAGUACUUCCGGGCCAUGUUCACUGGCUCCCUGUGCGAGAGGGAAAAGGAAGAGAUCGAGCUGAAGUCUGUGGACGAGACAGCCCUCCAAACGCUGGUGGAGUUUGCCUACACGGGGAAGGUUCACGUGACCCAUGCCAAUGUCCAGACCUUACUAUCGGCUGCCAGUCUGCUACAACUCAAACCUGUCAUCAAGAUAUGCUGUGACUUUCUUGAGGCCCACCUUCACGCCACAAAUUGCAUUGGCAUCUCGUGCUUCGCCGACACCCACGCCUGCACCGAGCUCCACCGCACCGCGCAGUGCUUCAUCGCCCGGCACUUUGAGGAGCUCAGCACCAGCGAGGAGUUCCUGCAGUUGGAUCACGGUGACCUGGCCAGCAUCCUGAGCCAGGACGAUCUGAUGAUCGGCUCCGAGGAGGCAGUCUUCAACGCCCUGGACAGCUGGGUCCGCUACGACCCCAACAAGCGGAGCUGCUACAUGGGCAAACUCUUACACUGUGUCCGACUGCCGCUCUUGACCUUAAAGACUCUGACCGGGCUGUACGAGGCCAACCCCUUCAUCAGAGACAAUCCCUCGUGUCAGGAGCAGGUCAACAGGGCACUGAGGUACCACCUUAGGCCUGAGGAGAGGUUGCACGUGGCUCGGAAGAUGGGCUCGCGAGUCAAGUCCAGAGGGGAGAAGGGACUACUGUGUGCAAUGGGAGGCAAGAAUGGGCUGUUUGCUACGCUAGAUAGUGUUGAGGUCUACAAUCUGAACACUGACACCUGGUCUGAGGUGGCACCACUCAGCUGCCGGCGGCAGGAAUGCGCAGCCGUGGUUGUCCAGCAAACACUAUACAUGACCGGCGGGAUAGUGUCUGAGCUUCGCAACGGCUCCAUGAACCGCCGUCAUGAUAACGGUACCGAGUGCUGGACCCCUGCCACAAACACAUGGACGAAAGUUGCCGAAAUGCAGACGAGCAGAAGCAAUCACGGCAUCGCCAUCCUGAGCGGGAAGGUCUACGCGCUGGGGGGAUACACGGGACAGUUGUACCUACGCAGCGUGGAGUGCUACGAUCCCAAGACCAACCAGUGGAAGAAUGUGGCACCCAUGAUCAAGAGUAGGAGUAUCUUCAACGCAGCGGUGGUGGAUGGGAAACUGUAUGCCAUAGGAGGAUACGGACCCAACUAUCUUAAUAGCGUUGAGCGGUACGACCCAGACUCCGACAAAUGGGAGAUGGUGGCCCCCAUGGCCGACAAACGAAUCAACUUUGGCGUUGGGGUGAUCCAUGGCUUCAUCUACGUGGUAGGAGGGCACAACGGGGAGCGGCAUUUGAGCAGUGUGGAACAGUACAACCCUACGCAAGGAACGUGGACGACGGUGGCGUCCAUGAACACAACCAGGACAGGUCUGGGUGUAGCAGUAUUAGAUGGUAUGCUCUACGCUGCUGGUGGUCACUCGGGCUCGACCUACCUUGACCUGAUGGAAAGAUACGACCCUUACAGUGAUACAUGGAGCACAGUGCGUAGCAUGACCAACUGCCGAUGUAACUUUGCCUUCGCUGCUCUCUGACAUGUCUGAUGGCAGGUUAUCAGCAGUACUACAUGACAUUAAGCAGCCUGUGGUGGGGGGGGGGGGGGGGG